AUGAGCGCGUCGCGUGGUACGAGGUUGCCCGGUCGGUCGCGGGGUAACAGGAUACGCAGGCUACUGCUGUCGGAGUACCGCGAGCUGUGCGAGACGAUCCUGGUGGAGUCGCCGUUCGCGGAGACCACGAGGAACGGACGUGGGAUCCGUCAGGUAUCCCUCGGUCUUACGCCGACCCGGCUGAUCGUCGCCGCCGACGUUCUCCAGACGAAUCCCGGCUUCCUCUGCCCGCCCGGCAUCGACGUCAGCAUCGAGAGCUUCGAGCUCGUGUCCGUGUAUCCCCUGGAAUACGUUACGCUCAGCGUGUUCAGGAGGCGACGUCGCAGGACUCUGAAGGCAAGAUUCAUCGACGGUCGAGCUAAUUAUUACGAGCUCGGCGGCGCGCAACGCAGAGUUUCUUGGCGGAUCUGGUGCGAGCAGGUACGAAGAUUACUGACGCGCAAGGCGGACGGUAGCUCGCUGUCCGAAACGACGGCGGCGAGCUCGUCGAGCAGUAGCACUCUGUACUUACUGUCGUCCGAGAUCGAGGUCAGGAGUGAUCGCAACGCGAGGCGCAAGAGGUCGAUAGUCAGAGUAUGGAGUCAUUAUGGAGGCGCCGGCGAUUACAUCACUCCCACGUGGACGGAGAAGGACUUGUACCUCGGACCGGCUUACAACGAGUUGGUGAACGGCCGCUACACGCCGGUUCCGGUGAGAUUCGCCGGAGCGAGCCUGGAGGAGCUCAGAUACGAGCUGGAGGAUCGCACGUCGCGUUACGUUGCUCGCGAGAAAUCCUGCCACAGCUGGCCGUGUCAGACGAGGUUUGGCGCGAGACUGCAACGUGCCGGCGGACUCUGCAAUGUCCUGUUCGCGAGAAGUCCCAACGUACGUCGUCGCGACUACGUCGCCAGUUGCAAGAGUUCGCCCUGCAAUGUCUGUCAGCUGGAUAACAGCGUCGGCAUCAACGUUCUUGGAAAACAUAGCCGAUGUCACGAGCGUCAGAAUAUGUGCUUCGAAGACGAUUUCGUAGAGCACAUGGAAGAAAAGUACGGGAAACGCCAACAGCAACAUUGGAAGGAGCCGAGGCGGUCUUUAACGUCGAAAAUAUCGCGUUUCGGCUUUGGGGUGCCGGAGAAAUGCAAUUCCGAAUUGAUUCUGGGCCCUUAUCGCGGCGACUCGGGCUACGUCGAUGUCGUCGACGCUCGCAGGAUGAUCGAGAACGGCGUGACGGUCUGGGAGGACAACUGCCGAUCCUUGAAGGGUCAGAGGCAUCCGCGAAGAUACGGCUUCUCCUCGGCGGCGCAUUUUUUUCACGCGCUCGGCCCGUGGUCGGUGCAGCCGGGCGAGCGAGAAUCCGUGCAGACUCUCCGAUCACCGAGCGCGGUCAACAUCCGCAGACAGCCCUCGGAUCCGGAGCUGAGACUUCCGGUCUCGCGCCGUCAGCUGACGACCAGCGUCUCCUGCGCCGCGCUGACGUCCGGCGGAUCCAACAUCGUUGGCGCCGUCACUAGAAGACGAGUGAUACUCUUCUGGACGCCAGAGUAUUGGUACAGACCUCAGGCAGCGGCGACUGCCUACAGAGAGCUGAGGCAUCACUUGGCGUCUCUCCAGAACUUCCGACGCGAGAAGGAGAGGCAGACGAGAAGAAAAUUCUUCUACCGACGAAAGAAUCGAAUCUCGGGUGAAAACGGCAAAUCCGAGGCUGCGAUCACGGGGAAGUCCAGCGGCCUCUUGGACCGCGUGCUUGCCAUCAACGGCGCGCGCAAACGCGACGGCAAGACGAGCGAGAACGUCGACGACGACGGCGGCACGGCGCAACUGCGGAGAUUGCUGAGGAUGAACCUACGCAUCACCGUGUGGGACGUGGACAGCGCGACCUUCGCCGCGCAGCUCACGUCGAUCGACCGCGAUCUCUUCGUCCGCAUCCCCGCGACCGAGAUCGAGGCGCUGGUCUACCAGCGAUCGUCGCGCAACGCGUCGAAUCUGGGCGCGUGGAUCGCCUUCAGCCACCGGAUCACCUGCCUGACCGUCAGCGAGAUCCUCGCGAUCAAGCAUCUCGACAUGAGAGCCAGGAUCAUGGCGAGAUUCAUCAACGUCGCCGAUAAGUGCUUCGCCCUUGGCAACUUUCAGUCCUGCAGGUCUAUCCUGGCCGGUCUGCAGGCCCCACCGAUUUACAGGCUCCGGAAAAGCUGGUCCUACUUGAGGACUCAUCAUGCCAGCAGAUACGCUGCGAUGGAGCGGCUGUCGAAGAUUUACAAGAGUCCACGUUGUUCGAAGUACCAAAGAGCCUGGGCCGCAGCGAAACGCAAUCCACCCUGCAUGCCGUACGUUGGUCACUUUCUAAUCAAGGUCCUGGGAUUAAAUGGCAUGAGGGAGAUUCGAACGGACUGCGCGCCGUUCUGCACAAGGAGACCUUCGACCGCGCGAAUCGGCGGGACUUCGGAAUCCUUGUCUGUUAAUAAAAACUUCGAUGAUCUUCGCUCGAGAGACGACAAGAAUCUUAAGGAGUCGAAGCAGUCUCUGGCUAGGCGUAUCUUCACGGCGACCUUGGCCAGGAUGAAAUUCACGACGCGUCAGAAUAUCGUUGACGCAACCAAGAGUGACGUUUGGACGUGCCGACAGCGGUGCCUCGCGCGCAGGUUCCUCCGUCGUUGGCGCGUGAUCGUGCUCGAGGCGAAAAUACGCGCGGAAAACGAGAGAGAAUUGAAGAAGGCGGACCCGAGGCGGAGGCGCGUCCUCGACGUCGCGGCCUGGCUCACGGACUACCAGAGAUUCGCGCUGGGCUACAAUUUCCCGUUGAACUCGUUCGCGUGCGAAUACCUUCUGAAGGCGCGCUACAGGGAGGACCGCGAGAACUUCCUCAUCAGCCUCAAGCUGGAACCGCCGAGGACAACUUGAGCCCGAAGCAGAGACUUGAUUGAGAGAUUACAUCUAUAUGUUGGCGAUCGAUGUGCGAUCGUCAAUUCCAAUUAUCGUCAUGCGUUCGUCUCGCUAGCGAAGGAGAACCGCGGUUGUCUUAUAUUAUUUCGAGCGCGAUAAGGCAGGCAAAGUCGAUAUACUGGCAAAAUAUCGAUAUGCGACGACUGUUUCACACUUUUAAACUUUUAUCAUAAACAUCCUCUUUAAGAAUACGACAUUUAAGAUACUGGAACGUUCAGUAUUACUUAUGAGUUAUUCAGAAGCAUUUUUAAUCGAAGAAGUAUCAUAUCUACACGCGCUUUGUACAAUUGUUAUUGCUAUAACACUUUAAUAAAAAUAAGUCUUUGGAUAAGA